CACGAAUGGACUAUAAUGCACGAACGGACUAUAAUUUUGAAUCCCAGAUUACAAAAUUAGCGAAUAAAAGUCCAGUAAUACCAAAUUAAAAAUCUUAUUACGUGUUAACGACCUAUCAAAACCCGAAAUGGUACGAAAAAAAAUUAAAAAAAAAAAAAAAAUAAUUUGCUUGCAGUCUCUGGUUUGUAGAACGAAAUUUUUGUAUUUUUAACUCUUCGAAGCUUCUCCCGAUUGGUUUGUAUAUAUGUGUAAAUGUGUAUGGGCAAUCGGCACAUGGACGUCGACGUCCAGUUUCGAAAUAAUCACCGUCUCGACGCGGCGCGCCGAAUUUUCUUUCAGCGCCGCGAAAUAACCGAAAAGAAAAAUUCAAGUGCGGUUCAAUAGUGGUAAAGUUUCGAAAAAACUAAUUUCUCAUUCUCGCAUACAGAAAAAAGACAUCGACGAUAUGAUUCCAGUUUUCAACAAAUAUGAUGGAACGAACAGAAAUUUCCUUAUAAAACUCAAUAAACAAGUGAUUUUACUAGAAUCAUGAGUAAUAAUAAUAGUAAAUAAUUACUUAAUUGUUUAGUGUUGAUUAUACGAUGUUGGAUAUAUUCAGAGGCCUUAAAGCUCUAGUUAGAGUCAGUCACAUCCAUACGGAUUCCCCAAUCUUCAGACUACAUUAUUCUUUAACAUCCAGUAUGUUAAUAGCUUUCAGUCUUAUAGUAACCACCAGACAGUACGUAGGGAAUCCUAUAGAUUGUAUCCACACCAAAGAUAUACCGGAAGAUGUUUUUAAUACCUUCUGUUGGAUACAUUCGACAUUCACCGUUGCCAAUGAUAAAAAUGAACCUUACGCUCAUAUGUAUCUACCGGGAAGUCCGGGAAUAAGGACUACUCACAACGAUAAAGAAAAAAAAGUUUACAAGUAUUAUCAGUGGGUGUGUUUUUGCUUAUUUUUUCAAGCAAUUCUAUUCUACACGCCCAGAUGGCUCUGGAAAUCGUGGGAAGGUGGCAAAAUUCACGCGCUGAUGAUGGAUCUCGACGUUGCCGUUUGCACGGAAAUCGAAAAAAAACAAAAAAAGAAAUUGAUGAUCGAUUAUUUAUGGGAAAAUUUGAGAUACCACAAUUGGUGGGCUUACAAGUAUUAUUUAUGCGAAGUAUUGGCGUUGAUCAAUGUCGUUGGUCAGAUGUUUUUGAUGAACAGAUUUUUCGACGGGGCCUUCAUAAUGUUCGGUUUCGAAGUGAUAUCGUUCAUGAACAGCGAUCAAGAAGAUCGUAUAGAUCCGAUGAUCCAGAUAUUCCCGAGGAUGACCAAAUGCACUUUCCGGAAAUACGGAGUUUCCGGCGACGAAGAAAAACACGACGCCCUCUGUAUACUUCCUUUGAACGUGGUCAACGAGAAAAUUUACGUUUUCCUGUGGUUUUGGUUCAUUAUUUUGACAAUUUUGACGUUUCUCACUGUCGUUUAUAGAAUUAUCAUAAUUUUUUCGCCUCGGAUGCGAGUUUACCUUCUGAGGAUGAGGUACAGGUUGGUUAGGAGGGACGUCGUCGAUACGUUGGUCCGCAGGAGUAAAAUGGGGGAUUGGUUUUUAUUUUAUAUGCUGGGGGAGAACGUGGAUUCGUUAAUUUUUCGGGAUGUUAUGCAAGAACUGGCGCACAAGCUUAAUAGGCACGAUUUUCACCAUGGACCGGGCUUCAAAGGAGAAAUCCAAGAAGCGUAAAAUUUAAUCGGAAAUAUUCCUUUUGAAAUCGCGACGGUUCGCAUUCGGAGAAGUUUUACAUCGCACUUUGAAGUUACGGACAUUUUUAAGAUUAUUUCAGGUCGUUCUCGGUUUGUUCUACUUCAUUCGAAAACGGCAUAUGGUUAAAUAUAAAACAUUUAGGAAAAAUUUUGGAAAGAAGAAAAAGGCUUUAGUACUAAAUCACCGCAUUUUUAAGAUAUCGCUAUUUCGGCGAUUGUUAUAAGUUGUUCUACUUUGUUCAGAAACAGAAUAUUCCAAUGAUAACAAGAUUGCAAAAAAAUCGAUAUUAUAUGAGUGUUUCUAGCUAUUUUCCAGUCUUUAACGAUUUUUAUAAGUUGUUCCAGGUUUGUUCUACUUUGUUCCGAAACAGAAUAUUCCAAUGAUAACAAGAUUGCAAAAAAAUCGAUAUUAUAUGAGUGUUUCUAGCUAUUUUCCAGUCUUUAACGAUUUUUAUAAGUUGUUCCAGGUUUGUUCUACUUUGUUCCGAAACAGAAUAUCCCAAUGCCAACGUGUUUCUAGCUAUUUUCCAGUCUUUAACGAUUUUUAUAAGUUGUUCCAGGUUUGUUCUACUUUGUUCCGAAACAGAAUAUUCCAAUGAUAACAAGAUUGCAAAAAAAUCGAUAUUAUAUGAGUGUUUCUAGCUAUUUUCCAGUCUUUAACGAUUUUUAUAAGUUGUUCCAGGUUUGUUCUACUUUGUUCAGAAACAGAAUAUCCCAAUGCCAACGUGUUUCUAGCUAUUUUCCAGAUUCCAACGAUUUUUAUGAGUUGUUCUAGGUUUGUUCUACUUUGUUCAGAAAUAGAAUAUCCCAAUGCCAUCUAGAUUGUGAAAAAAUCGAUUUUAUAUGAGUUAUUCUAGCUAUUUUCCAGACUCUAACGAUUUUUAUAAGUUGUUCCAGGUUUGUUCUACUUUGUUCCGAAACAAUAAAUCCCAAUGCCACCCCGUGUUUCUAGCUAUUUUACAGAUAUUAACGAUUUUUAUAAGUUGUUCCUGGUUUGUUCUACAUUGUUCCGAAACGGAAUAUCCCAAUGCGACCUAGAUUGUGAAAGAAUCGAUAUUAUAUGAGUGUUUCUAACUAUUUUCCAGACUCUAACGAUUUUUAUAAGUUGUUCCAGGUUUGUUCUACUUUGUUCCGAAACAGAAUAUCCCAAUGCCGCCGUGUUUCUAGCUAUUUUCCAGACUCUAACGAUUUUUAUAAGUUGUUCCAUGUUUGUUCUACUUUGUUCCGAAACAGAAUAUCCCAAUGCCGCCGUGUUUCUAGCUAUUUUCCAGACUCUAACGAUUUUUAUAAGUUGUUCCAUGUUUGUUCUACUUUGUUCCGAUACAGAAUAUCCCAAUGUCAUCUAGAUUGUAAAAGAAUCGAUAUUAUAUGAGUUAUUCCAGCUAUUUUCCAGACUUAAACGAUUUUUAUAAGUUGUUUCAGGAUUAUUCUACUUUAUUCCGAAAUAGAAUACCCCAAUGUCACCUAGAUUGUAAAAGAAUUGAUAUUAUAUGAGUUAUUCUAGCUAUUUUCCAGAAUUUAACGAUUUUUAUAAGUUGUUCCAGGUUUGUUCUACUUUGUUCCGAAACAGAAUAUCCCAGUGUCACCUAGAUUGUAAAAGAAUCGAUAUUAUAUGAGUUAUUCUAGCUAUUUUCCAGACUUUAACGAUUUUUAUAAGUUGUUCCAGGCUUGUUCUGCUUUGUUCCAAAAUUGAGAAUUGUUUGAAAAAACAAAAAUUCGAUUUUUGAUCUGUAGAAUUGCAUUAUCAAACUAUUGCUAUUUUGACGGUUGUUCUGUAUUGUUCUAGUUUUUUUCUAUAUUGUUCCAAAAUAUAGCGAUCGAAAAAAAAAUUAUUUCUCACUAUAUUCGCGAAAAUAUAAGAUACUAUUUGAAUAAUAUCCAUCUGCCGACUUAAAUUCGAGAAAUCGCUAAUUUAUGAGUUGUUCUAGCUUUCCAUAUAGAUUUCAGAAUCUUUUCUAAGUUGUUCUAGAUUCGUUUGACUUUGUUCCAACACGACAUAUCUCGAUGCCACCUCAUUUUUGAAUAGUUGUUAUUUUAGAGAGUGUCCUGAGCUGCUGUAGCCGAUUCCUAAAUUCUAGCGAUGAUUAUAAGUUGUUCUAGACUGUUCUAUUUUAUUCCAAAAUACUAGAAAUCAAAAUUUCAGAGAAAUUUCGAAAGCAAAUCCGAUUUUUGUGCUGUAGAACCGUUUUUAUAAGUUAUCGCUGUAAAAACGUUUGUUCUAGCUUGUUCUAGUUUGUUUUCUAUAUUGUUCCAAAAUAUAGCGAUCGAAAAAAAAAUAAUUAGAACAACAUUCUAAGUGCGGUGUCAACUUCGUGUGGGUUAAUUUGGACUCUCAAGAAUAAUUUUUGGCGGGUUAAAUCAAGUAAAUUUGUUAUGUUACAUGAUACGUCAAAUCUACCAACUGUCAAAACUAAAUAACACGUUUACAAUGUUGCCAAAUAUUCCGAUUGGAUUUUAAUCGCCGAAAAAAUCAUUUUGACGAUUAUGACGGUGAUUCCUAAUUAUUUUUCAACCCUAAUUUUUAGGCAUAGGGGAAUAAUUUAGGGGUUGGAAUUUUUUUUGUACUGCCAAAGAUGACGUACUAUAAAAAAAAUGUAAAUAUCGGUUUUUAUUUAUAAAAAAAUUGUUAGGAAUAUAUCGAAUUUAAUAUAAUUUAUUAUAUUUUAUAUAAUUUGUUAACCAGGGUGAAAAAAUUACCGAAUAAUGAAAGAAAUCAAUAUAAUUACAUUUAUUUUUCGCCGAUGACUUUUAUGAAUCAUCCUGUAUAUAAUAUGGUAAAAAAACAAUUAAUUAUCGGGACACACUGUAAAGUGUGUAGUCUAUACGUCAAUUAUAAAGAGUGUCUUAUAUUUUAGACCGUUUCGCUGUACCAGAAAAAAAAUGUUUUUUAUUUUUGAAUAUCGACAACGAUUGGGCUUAAUUCGUUUAUGUUUUUGUGGAUUUUUACAACUUUUUAUCAUAUACAAGUAUAACAUCGUUUUUUUACGUUUUUAUUUUAUUUAAAUACUAUACACUUAACUAACACUUAUCACUAUCACUUAACUAAUUUAUUUAAAUAUUUCGAUUACUUCUGCUAAUUCGUUUUGUUAAUUACGAUUAUUUAUUAUAAACUGUGCUACAAAAUUUUUUAUAAAUAAAUGAAGAAUAUCACCCAAGAGAAUUUUCCAAGUUUCUCGAUAAUAAGGAAACAAAAACAAAUAAAUAAAUAGACUUUCGUAGAAAUUAUUCAAAAGAAACACGUUGCUAUAAAAAUUAAUAUAAAAAACAAACACCAAACGAAUUUCGUAAUGUAUAAAAAAAUAGGCGCAUUCGCCAAAAUUUAAAAUUCGAUUGUAACUAAGCGGGGUCGACUUAAGGACCAAUUUCGCGAAUUUAUUCGUAAAUUACAUAAUUAAUUUGAUGAUUUCUACACGUAGGAACAUUUUUUUUUGUUUAAAUUGCGUUUUAUAAUUGUAUAAAAUUUUUUUUUCAAAUAUUUCCAUUCUACGUGUAUACUUUAUGGGGAUUUAAGUUGCAAACUUUUAUUUUUAAGCUUUAAACACAAAAACAAAUCUGUUAUUCAAUGAAAAUUAUAUAUACGAGGUGUGGUGGAAUUUUUAUUAUUUUUUUUAUAACUUAAAAAUGUAAUGUUACGUAUUGAAUUUGAAAUAACACAAAGAUUCAUGAAUUAUAUUACGGGAAACUUGGAAAACCAUCAAAAAUUUUUCCCUAUAAGGGAAAUUACGUCUCUAAUCGAGAUAUUUUUGAAUUUUAGUCAUUUUUUUUCCAUUUAUGCGACAAAUAUGUUAAAAAUAACUGAAUCAAAUUGAUAUUUCAUAGAAAUUAAUAGGAAAUGUUUGUAAAAAAGCUUGGAAAUUCAAAAUGGCGGCCGUAAUAUCAUAUACAGGGUGGUUUCUAAAUUCAAAAAAUCAAAAUUUAUUAUUUUGUUUUAGAAACACCCUGUAUAUCGACAUGCACUCGAUAAAAUAAAGUUCGAUAGACAAAAUUAACGAAAUUUUAAAAAAAUAUAUCAACAAAAACUUUUUUUUUUCAAAAUUUUCCGUCGAAUAAACAAUUUGAAAAAAAAAUUGAUUUAAUACGAUAGAAAUUACGUAAAUCGAAUUCCGCUAAGUACAACUCUGUAUUAAGCGGGAAAAAUGUCAACUUUUUGACAUUUCCGGUCGUUGUUUGAACCCGUAAUUUUGCCGAGUCAAAUCAUGUACCGAGAGUGUGGAUGAAAACACUCCCGUUAGUCCAGGUAAAUUGCAAAGAUUUUUCGGCGACGGUCCGUUUAGAAAUUUGGUUAACGAAUUAUAAAAUAUACGUUUCAAUAUUAUUAGUAUAAUUGUUUAAUCGUUUCAAAGAGAUUUCUAGUCAAUAAUUUAUUAUUUAUGAUAAUAAUUAUUUUAUUUUUAUUUUAAUUAUGUACAUUCCUAGGUAUAUCGCGUAAAUAACAAAGUCUUAUGAAACGACAAUAAAGUGACUGUACUAUUAGAAUAUUCUUGUUAAUUUUUGUAUUGAAAUUCCAAUAAAAAUCGUACGUA